CGCUCAUCAGCGGGAAUGGCGGAGACCGUUCGCUCGCUCUUCGACUACCGGGAGCCGCCGACGCUGGACAGCAACGGAGAGAGCAGCAAACCGCCACAGCCGCGAGGGUGAGGGAGUAAACAGACUCGAGAAAAAAACGUGGCUGUGGAAGGAAAAGGAAAGGGACGCCAGUAAAGGUGUGUGACAGAGUCUUUGCUACAGAGGAUGAGGAGGAGAGCCUUGUCUGAGAGCAGCUAUGGACCAGAGAAAGGUGAUGGUCAUGAGGACAAACACAGAGGGCCUGCUGCUGACGGACCGUACUAUGAAACACAAUCUGCUCAGCUCUGUGUGAGUGAGGAGGGCUCUAGCGGAGGGAGGGGGGCCGUCUCGUACCCCCCACCACCAAACUGCCGCAUUCGUGAGGUGCACUGUGGAAAUCAAGUGCGACUGAUUGUCAUAGCGAUCCGCGACAUCACUAAGGGGGAGGAGAUCACUGUGGAUUACAGUUUGACCGAAUGGGGAGAAAACGCUCUGGGUUUCCAUGGCACUGUGCCUCCUAGUAGCUUUGAUUGCAGCUCAGACCACGAGAGCAAUAUUAAGAAGGAAGAAGAGUCCGGCCCAGUUCCACUAUCUGCAUCAGAAUACCUCACACCGUCCUGGUCUCUCUCUCCUUCCUCCUCUCCUCUGUCUCACUCUGAGCCUAGCGAUUCAGACCUCGACUCCGAUGAUGCCAAUGGAGAAGCGCGUAUGCGAUCACCUCACCGCCGCAGAAGGCACAAAGCCCUGUCCUCUUCUGCUGCACAUGCUAAGAGGAAAGCACUUCAACGACCCCCUAGCCAUCCUCCCACUUAUCCACACUCCCUCCCGUCCUCCCCAGUGCAGCCCGCUGCUCCCUCUAGGCCUGUGUUUAAGUGCCCGCCGCCUGCAGGAGUUUCUGCUAAUAGUGUCAAUGUGUCAGUGGGUCGUGGGCAGAGCACCAUGGCACAGAAACAGCGCUGUGUUUACUGUGGCCGUCACUUCCGAUCUCUCCCACGCCAUCUGGAUAAACACCACGCCCACCAGCCGGACGUGCGCUCUGCCCUGGAGCAAGCGCGUACCUCUGGUGACCCUUCUUGUGUACAAUCAUGUCUCCCGUCAUCAAGCAAACAGUCACAUUGCCCCCAAGUGGCUCCUGUGCCAGGUGUGGUGGUGGGAACACCACAAUCACCUCCCUCUUCUUCUUUGUCACCAGUUAGAAGGAGCCCUGCCCUCUCUAGCCCUACUCACAAAAGUCCUGCCCCAGUCCCGACAACUCCACCCAGGAGAGGAGGCGUUCCUGUGUCUGUCUUAAAGAGGAGCCCACCUACUCCUGCUACUCCUCCCAGAAAAGGACGAAAAAUUAAAAAGGAUAAAGAGGAGGCAGACAUUUUUGAGAAGACGAAAGAAGAUGCAUUGCCCAAUCCAGUGUUUGUAGAUCAUGUUAAGGAGUCAGAACCGUCGAAAGAAGAAAGAGAGGACAAUGGAGGGAGAGAAGAAGAAAGCGGAGCAGAGGAUAAAACCGACCUAUCAAGUUUGCGUCGUCCUCACAUGCUCCCGCUUCUUUCCUCCCUUUCCUCCCUGGUGUUAUACCUGCGGCGGCUGCAGCACUCUGCCUUCAUUUCUCUUUCCCGCUCACCACAAUCAGCCGAAGCCUGGCGUCUCCUCUGUCACUCCAGCCUGGCCCUUCUCAUCCUUUACAAUCGCCGCCGUGAAUGUGAAGUUUCCAAACUCACCAUCUCCGAGUACCAAGCCCGAAUCACACCACAGUGCCCCAUCCCUGUGCAACCUGGUGCCCCGCAAACUCUAACUCCAUUGGAGGCCUCGCUGUCCCCCUUCGAGCGGAUGGUCCUCCCUCAUCUCCCUCGCGUCGGAGUCCAAGGGAAACGUGGCCGCGUACAACCGCUCAUCCUCCCGCCGCACUCUGAAGCCUGUCUGGAGAUGCUUUUGCAGACUCGUGCCGGUGUGGGAAUCGAUCCACAGAACCCCUAUGUGUUUGCCCGGCCGUAUCAUUCGCCAGCUACUCCUCUGCGAGGAACAGACUUACUACGCAGCUUGGCUCGGUCUAGUGGUUCGCGGCACCCACGAGCACUUACGCAGACACGUGUUCGCAGACAGGUGGCGAUACUUACGCAGCUGCUGUUGUUAAGCGAGGGUGAGGAGGAAGGGCAGCACGGGGUUGCCAUACGGCGAUUGGAAAGCUUCUUGCAGAAGGAGUAUCACGUGACGCAAAGCUGUGCAACCAUCGGCCAGGACCCUGGGCUGAUGGGUCUGAUCGGGCGGGUGGUACUAUGUGGCGAGAGAGAUGGCGUCUUGUUUCGAGGAAUGAGUUUACAUCACAUCUGUCUGGAGUUAGACGUGUUGUCAGGAAACUCUGCCGACUCGCUGUCAGAGGAAUCAGAUCUUGAGCAGAGUAAGGAGAAACCAGAUGCACCUUCUCCUGCAACAACCAUUAUGAUGAAGAAAACCACAAGCAACAGUAAAUCCCCCCGGCCUAAGAAGAUAAACAGCAGCUCACCACUCUCAACGGGACGCAAAAAGGCCUCAGGACAGCCCAAGCCUGGUAAACGUGGUGUGCUGAAGCGGCCUUGGUCUGAGGCGGAGCGGGCAGCUGUUGAGUCCCACCUGGUGCAAAAUAUUAUGGAGCUACGAGUGCCGGCUAAAGCGGACUGCGAGCGCUGCCUGGAGCUCUGCCCCCUGCUGGUUACUAACCGCCGGGACUGGAGGGCUGUGAAAUUCUACUGCCACAACCGUAUACAGCUGCUCAAGAAAACCCAGCAGAGACAGGGUCCGCCCGCCCUGUCCGUCUGCUGAGGCUGUGAAUCAGCACGCUGCUGGGAAGGGUCAUCAAAUAACAGCAGAUGUGUAAGGAAGGGAAUGUGAGGGAAAAUAUUUACAUGGUACAGUCACAGUAAACAUAGUACAAAUGCUCUAAUUAACGUGAUGUCCUGUGUGAUUCGUGUCCGGUGUGUAAAACGGAAAAUGGUACCACUCUGGGAAGCAGACGGAAAUGCAGACUUGUUGUGUACUUUUCCAUCUAUGACGAAAGAACACUAAUUUUUCUGUUUGCAGAUGACCAGUUUUUCUGUUGCUGGCUUGAAAGUCGAUGAACAUUUUUGACCAGCUGAAAGCCUGAAUGGCUUUGCUCUCCCUUUGGCCAUGUCUGUAUAAACAGGCAGACUGAGCAACUUGUGCCUUGAUGGGAGUCAAACCUCAGUUUCAUUUGUAAACAUUUUUCUGCUACAUACACUACCGGUCAAAUGUUUUUGAACAGAUUUUUAAUGUUUUUUUUUUUUUUUAAGAAGUCUCUUCUGCUCACCAAGCCUGCAUUUAUUUGAUUCAAAGUACAGCAAAAACAGUACAAUUUUGAAAUAUUUUUACUAUUUAAAAUAACCGUUUUCUAUCUGAAUGUAUUUUAAAAUCCUCAAAAAACAUUUAUUAUUAUUAUUAUUAUUAUUAUUAUUAUGUUGAAAACAGAUUUUUAUUCAGGUUUCUUUGAAGAAUAGAAAGUUCAGAAGAACAGCAUUUAUCUGAAACAGAAAUCUUUUGUUGCAUUAUAAAUUUCUUUAUCAUCACUUUUAAUCAAUUUAAAGCAUCCUCGCUAAAUAAAAGUAUUAAUUUCUAUAAUAUCUUUACCAAAAAAAUUAUACUGACUCCAUCCUUAAUGGUAUAGUGUACAAUGUUACAAAAGCUUUGUAUUUCAGAUAAAUGUUGAUCUUUGGAUCUUUCUAUUUAUCAAAGAAUCCUAAGAAAAUUACUCAACUGUUUUAAAUAAUAAUAUUAAUAAAUGUUUCUUGAACAGCAAAUCAGCAUAUUAGAAUGCUUUCCGAAGGAUCUUUGAUUACAGGAAUAAAAUACAUUUUUAAAUAUAUUAAAAUCGAAAACCAUUAUUUUAAACAGUAAUAAAAUUUCAGAAUUGUACUGUUUUUGCUGUAUUUUGGAUCAAAUAAAUGCAGGCUUGGUGAGCAGAAGAGACUUCUUUAAAAAGCAUUAUAAAUCAUACUGUUCAAAAACUUCCGACUGGUAGUGAAAUGAAAAAAUACACAUAAGAAAUAGAAUUUAAAUAAAAAAGUCAUCCAAGUUCAUUUUUGUCCUAUGUUUGCUCAUAAAAAUGUUUCAAACAUUUCCCAGUGUUUAAUUUGAAACCAUCCUCAAUUGCAACAUUUCAUUUAAAUAAUUAGCAUUUCUCAUUUUCUGGUAAUUCUAUAUAUCCGUAACUUUUUUUCCCACUUUCUGUUUUCCUACUAUUUGAAGCCUUAUUUGAUUUUAAAUAAAUAGUUCUGUCCUCAUUUAUUCAUCUUGUCAAACCAGUAUGACUUUCCUUGCUCAGUAGGACACAAAUUGAGAAAUUCACAUGAUGAUUUUGAAUUAUUUUUGAAUGUUUUUUUUCCUGACACAAUUGCAAUUAAAGCAAUUACAAAUGAAAAUAUUAUAUGGCUUCAGAACACAGUGCACAGAUUCAUAUAUUGCUGACUUUCAAGACAUUUUCUGAUGAACAAAGAUUACAAGAACGUUCUUCGGAAUUCCUCCUUUUGUGUUCCAUGGAAAAAAAGGCCUAUAGAUUUGAAAGAACAUGUGGGUGAGGGUUUAUUUUUGGGUUCAUUUUAAUCCGUAGCUUGUUCAGCAUUGAAAAAUAAGCAUCUAUAUGCUCUGUAACUCUAGAAAUCGACAUGAGUGAGUGAGCGGUUCACUUAUUUUCUUUGUAUUCAUCCAUCAAUCCAUAUCGAAACUUUAAACUGUGUAUUGGAAACACAUGAUAACCACACGUAACACCUCAUUUUUUACUUUUUAUAUAUCUAUGCUUCUUUACUGUUUUGUUAUCCUUUGUCCUUUCAAACUUUGAUGUAUAUAUGUACACACACAUAUAUAUUGUCAUUACUAUUAACAGUGGUAUUGUCAUUACUAUUAAAUCUUACUGUGGCAAGUGUUUUUUUUCCAUUUCCACUUCAUGUACAUAUUGAAUGUAAAUAUUUGCCAAAAAAAGAUCACGAUGUAAAUACACCAUAGGCAAGACAAGCUUGUUUUUGUGUUGUCUGUGUUUUUUCUAAGUUGUCUGAAAAA